GCGGAGUCAACCGCACAUCAAUCGAGGGUUUUCACGGCGCGUCAUCAGCGCGUCAUCAAUCCGGCAGUCGCCAUGUUGGAGGUACUCGGCAAGGUAAAUAAACCGCACGCCAAGGUAAAUAAAGCGCACGCCGCAGUAGAUCCCGAAUAUCUUCGUGGAAAAUGGUAAAUUAUUGCCGUGUUUUUGGCUGUACCAAUCGGUCAGACCGCGAAAAACAUUUGGAGUAUUACAGACUGCCAAAAGUUAUAACUAAUCAAGGAGAACAAUGCCAAAAGUUGUCAGAGGAAAGGAGGCGCUUGUGGUUAGCGAAGCUGAACCAGGAUCUACGUGGCAAAAAUCUGGACAACGUCCGAAUUUGUUCGGCCCAUUUCUUGUCAGGUAAAAGGUCUGACCUUUAUCAAAAGGAUGACCCAGAUUGGGUGCCAUCUGUCGGAAUGACAGGUCAGCAAAGGUCUCCUGAAAAAGCUGGGACAUCAUCACGCUACAGCCGUCGUGGGAAUAGAACCCAGCAGAGACUGAGAGAAGCUGCUGCUGAUGCUGCUGCUGAUGCUGGAGUUGCUGCAGAGACUGAUGAUUCUGAGACUGAUGACCCUACUACAAGUGGUUAUAUCAGCAGCAAUUUGUGCAGCACGGAGACUCAAAGUGAAUUGACUGGUGAUUUAAUUGAGGCUAUGACCAGCGAACUUCAAAAUCUUAGAACUGAAAACAUCCAGUUGUGCUCUGAUGUUGCACAUUUGUCCACUACCUAUGACCAAAGUGCAUUUGUUGAUAAUGAUGAAAAGGUUUUAUUUUUCACUGGCCUACCUACAUACCAGAUACUGUUGGUACUCUUCACAUUCCUUAGUCCCCACCUCCCUGUGAAGAAGUCACUUGAUAAGUUUAAGCAGUUGAUGCUGACACUGAUGCGCCUUAGGCUUAAUGUUUCCACGACCUUCCUGUCAUAUGCAUUUAACAUAUCAAUAGCCACAGCUUCUAGGAUAGUCAUUGAUGUCAUGUUUAUUCGUAUGAAACCACUUAUCAUAUGGCCAGAAAGAGAGCAUUUACAAAAAACUAUGCCAAUGCAAUUCAGGAAACAUUUUGGGAAAAAAUGUUUUUGAACAGUUUCAAAAAAGGUACACGUUUCUAAAUAAAUUAAAUCACAUUUUGUGCGUAACUUCACAACA